AUGUCUUUUAAUAAAAAGAAACCUAAACAUAUAGAAGACGAUGACGAUGCUUUUAAUGAGACUUUCGUUAUAUAUGGAACAGAACUUCCUGAUACGGAUGAACAAGACAAGGGAAAAUUUCAACCUGUUUGGAAGCAAGAGGUUCGUGAUGAACAAGGCUUGAGGCGUUUUCAUGGUGCUUUCAAAGGCGGGUGGUCCGCGGGCUACUUUAACACGGUCGGAUCUAAAAAAGGAUGGACGCCGUCAACAUUUGUUUCAUCACGAAAUAAAAGAUCAGACCGUAAAGAUUUUAAACCAGAAGAUUUUAUGGAUGAAGAAGAUUUAGAGGAAUCGUUACAAAAUCAAAAACUUGUUGCCACUGAUGAAUUCGAUUCCUUUGGUUCCACUGAACGCGAAUUAGAAAGGAAGCGUAUGUUAGCUAGCUCUAUGGAAGAAAGCGGCAGUGUGUUGGGUGCGUUACCAGACAAAUUUAUUGAUGAUUUGGUAUUACCUAAUAAGGAGCCUGUAGGUGUUCGAUUAUUAAAAGCAAUGGGUUGGCGGGAAGGUCAGGGAAUUGGUCCUCGUGUUUCAAAGAUUCAGAGUGAAGAUACAGAAUUUAUUGAAUCUGAUAAAAGUGUCUUAUUCGCUCCUAAGGAUACUCAAAUAAUAAAAUUUGACCAAAAAAAUGACACUUUCGGUCUUGAUUUUGAUCCUUUCAAGAAUGCUACUGAAUUUAUCCCUCAUUCAGGCAACAUUAAAGGUGACAGUUAUCUUCAACACAAAAAGCUUCAAGAUUCAUUAUAUACGCGAGAAUUAGAUGACGAUGACGACGCAAUUCUGUAUGGUGAAACUUCGAAGUCAAAUUUUCAUACAUCACUAAUUGAUGACGAUGAGGAUACAAUAGUCAUGGGAGGAAAAAAAUUAUCUAAAUAUUUAUCUUCUAAAAAAAAUCGAGAAAAAAAGUUUUCAAACGGAGUAUGUCAUGAUGGGAGGUUACCUCUACAAGGAUUUGUAUUGGCAUCACGUCCUGUUCCGAUUGAUAAAUGGUUUGCUCCGCCAAUCCUUCCACAAGGAUUUGUACCUAUGCAUGAAUUUAAUCCUUCCGGAGAAAUAAAUAAGAUAGAUACUCAAGAAUUAUUUCAAAAGGGUAAACAAAAGCAGACAACGUUAGCUAUAUUAGCCGAACAGCGUGGUGAACUAUUAGGAGAGACUCCACUGAGUGCACCAGCACGUUCUGUGUUUGAUUAUGUCUCCCGAAAGGAUAAGGAUAGAUUGGAUAAUCUAAUUGGUUAUAUGAUUGAUACUACAGGUGAAGUAAAGAAGAAACAGCCCAGUGAGGUAGAAAUUCCAAAAGUAGAUAAAGACGUCGCAUUAGCAGCUUUGCAAGGAUUUAUUCCUUUUGAAAGUGAUAAGAAAAAGCAAGCAAGAUACAAACACUUUUUGGAGGUGCAGGCUGAAUUGAGUACUAUUCCUUUGAAACAGACCGAAGGGAUUACCGUUGAGGAAUAUAUCAAAGAACUCGACGAAUUUGCGCAGUCUGCGAGAAUAUUCCGUCCAAUGUCAAAAAUGAUGGCAUCUCGUUUUACCAGUGCAAAAUCUGUGGAAGAUUUCAGACAACCUGAAAAAGAUAGUGCGCAGCCAACCCAAAUAGAUCAAGAUGACACUGGUAUUCGCAAGGCAAUUCAAGUUCCUCUAGAGUCUUCUGAAUCUUCAGCUGAAACUGCAGCUAGGAUGAAUAUGUUUGGUCCUCUUACAAGAACUAGAACAAGUUUUUAUCCUAGUCGUCUUUUAUGUAAGCGGUUUAAUGUUGCGAAUCCACAUCCCGAGUAUAAAUAUGAUAAUCAAUCUGGAAAAACUCAAAAAGGGCAAAAAGAUAUUUUAAGCAAAGAAACAAUGAAUGACAUUCUUGAGAAGCAGGAUUCGCAAAAUUUUAUGGGAUUUACUAAUUCUAAGAGUCAAAAAGAAACCGAAGAGGAUAAGGCCGUAUCUUUGAAUACAUCUACAGAAAGCGGUGAUGUUAAGGAAGUUGAUGUUCAUAAAACUAGGCCUGCUAUGGAACUUUUUAAAUCUAUAUUUGGCGAAUCAGAUACAGAAGACGAAGAAGCAGCACCAAAACAUAAGGAACCACCAAAUAUGGUUAUCGGGACAAUAAGUGCGGUAGAAGAUAAAAAAUCACCGCCUGUUUCAUCGGAAUCUGUAGAAGCAGUUAGCACACCAUUUCGACCAAUGUUCAAAAAGAAAACAGAUCGUGCAGAAAAGGUACAAUCUAAUGAAUCAACGGAAGUAUCGCAAUCACAGACUUUACAUUCUAAAAGAAAAGAGAAAGAUCAUGUGACUCGAGUAUCAUUGUCAUUCGAUGAUGAAUCGAUAAUUGGUCCAUCUAUAAAGCGAACCAAAUCCAGUGAAAAUGAUAGCUCGUCAUCAGUAGAGUCCGGCGAAUCUUUAUCACGUCGUGAGCAUAAAUAUUCACACAGUCAUCAUAAACAUUCUCAUGUUUCAUCAUCUAAGAAACAUAAAUCGGAAAAAAGGAAAAGGAAAAAGAAACACUCGAAAGGUUACGAGAAAAAAGCUAACAAAAGAUCAUGUGAAGAGAGCGGGGAUGAUGAAAGACGUAGAAAUAGUAAGAAGAAACGUCAUGAAGACGAAGAUGGAUAUAAUGAUAGAAGUGAAAAAUAUCAUCGCGAUAAAGAUCCUCAUCAUCAUCAAAUAACAAAAUCAUUAGAUAAAGCGAAGGAAGAGGUGAAUGAUAAAAAAAUUGAAAAUCGUUCAGAGAAACAAAUAGAAACAAUAAAACCUAAGAAAUGGGAAAUACCAUCUCCAUCUUUAAUACAUUCAAAAGAAAAACGAACUACUUCACCACAAUCCAAAAAUGACAAUAAUAAUAAGUCUAAUACUAGCAGAGUUAGAAAUCGACCAAGAGCAAUGGAUUUAUGGUGA